GCAGCAUCAGAGGCAUGGCACCGAUACGAGGCCCUGACAUCAACUCUGUCUCAGGAACUGUGUGAACAACUCAGGCUAGUGUUAGAGCCCUCACAGGCCACAAAACUCAGGGGAGACUACAGGACAGGGAAGAGAUUAAACAUGAGGAAAGUCAUUCCAUACAUCGCCAGUCAGUUCAGAAAAGACAAAAUCUGGCUCCGUCGUACCAAACCCAGCAAACGACAGUACCAGAUUAUGCUGGCUAUAGACGACUCCUCCAGUAUGGUUGACAACCACUCCAAACAGUUGGCUUUAGAGUCCCUGGCGUUGAUUUCUAAUGCUCUGACUUUGUUAGAGUCAGGGGAUUUGAGUAUCUGCAGUUUUGGAGAGUCUGUACAAGUCCUUCACCCGUUCACCGAGCAGUUCACAAGUCACUCCGGGUCCAGACUCUUACAGCAGUUUACAUUUGAACAGAAGAAAACCAAAGUGGCUCAGCUUUUGAAGAAAGCCACAUCAGUGAUGCUGGAUGCUCACUCCCGACAGAGAGGGAUUCUGGGUAAUCCUGAGACAUCACAGUUACUGCUGAUCGUGUCUGAUGGGCGGGGCUUGUUUAACGAGGGAAUGGAGACAGUGAGAUCAGCUGUCAGACAGGCGCGGGAGGCGGGAGUGUUCCUGGUGUUUGUCAUCAUUGAUAAUCCCCAGAACAAGGAUUCUAUAUUAGACAUUAAAGUCCCAGUUUUCAGAAGCGGAAGCCAGCUUCCAGAAAUCAAGCCCUACAUGGAUUACUUCCCUUUUCCUUUCUACAUCAUACUGCGAGAUAUUAACUCCCUUCCUCAUGUGUUGUGUGACGCCUUAAGACAAUGGUUUGAACUUGUGACAGCAGUGGAUGUUUAAUGAAUUCUGUGAAGAUUCUGUGUAAUGCCUUUUAAAGACCUUUUUUUAGAGAUGCAACAGAGGUGAUUCACAAAAUGUAUUAUGUGUAGAUGAUAUUUGAUGUCGUAUGAAAAUGGUUGAUC